UGUGUCGUCAUGUACGCUAGACCUUUUCAUCCGUGGAGUCAUUUCUUUGUAUAUUUCCAAGUUUUACGCGAAAAAUGUUGUGAUCUAGUGAAAGAUUAAUUGUAUUGAAAAUCAGAAAAGAUUUUUUAUUGCUACGAUUGCAAGCAAGUCGUUGGUAUCAUUGAAAAUAGUUAGAUCAUUAUUGCUUUAAUGCAUCUAACCUUAAAAUUGUCCAAAUUUCAAGCACGUUUUUGUAACAUCGAUUGCAUGUCGACUAGGAACAUUGAAAAGAAAAAUAUUCCGGCGUGUUCAUCAGGCACGCAUUUUCCAGUUUAUCGUUCGAACCGGCGAGUAUGCUUUAUAAGACCAAAGAUAUGCCAACCAACCAACUAUAUACUUUUGUGUUUAGCGAACGUUGUGCAUUUUGGAACGUAUGUAAAGUGAAAUAGUAUUUAUUAUACCAUUAUAGUGCAUCGUGAAAUAGUAUUUAGUAUACUAUUAUAGUGCAUUGAGACUUCCGUUGUCUUCAAAACUUAGAUCUCUUAUUUAUUCGUAUACAUUAUUUUGCAUCAUUAUUUUUGUAAGUACUAUUUAUAUUUUGGUUCAUUCUUUUUUACAUUAAUUAUAAACGAUGAAGAUUGUAAAGGCAGAGAAGCUAUGUGAGCUGCAACGAGAUCCUGCUCAUAUUCGUAACAUUUGUAUACUUGCACAUGUUGAUCAUGGAAAAACCACGUUAGCAGAUUCUCUUGUUGCAAGUAAUGGUAUCAUCUCUAAUAAACUUGCCGGCAAACUUCGAUAUUUGGAUAGUCGACCGGAUGAACAACUAAGAGGAAUUACAAUGAAAUCGAGUUCUAUAUCUCUUUAUCAUGUUUAUAAUAACACUGAAUUUAUGAUAAAUAUCAUUGAUUCUCCUGGUCAUGUUGAUUUUGCAUCAGAAGUUUCAACUGCUGUUAGGUUAUGCGAUGGUGCUUUUAUUAUCAUUGAUGUUGUCGAAGGGAUUUGUCCCCAAACUCGCAGUGCUCUUUCUAUAUCUUAUAUCGAAGGUCUCAAGCCUAUUUUAAUUUUGAAUAAAAUUGAUAGACUGAUAACAGAGAUCAAAUUGUCGCCAUUGGAUACUUAUUUCCAUUUAAGACAACUUUUGGAACAAGUUAAUGCAGUUAUGGGAGAAUUAUUUGCUAGAGAUAUAAUGGAACGCGAAGAUAAAGAACAUACCAAUAUUUCUAAGAAUGAGAACGUUACAGAAACAAAUCUAUCCGAUUGGCAAUCUGUACUUAAUGAAGUAGAUGAUUCUAAUUUAUAUUUUUCACCAGAACAAGGCAACGUUCUGUUUUCCAGUGCUGUCGAUGCUUGGGGAUUCAGUAUAAAAGAAUUUGCACAAUUUUUUUCUACAAAAUUAGGCUUCAGUAAAAAAGUUUUACUGAAAACUCUUUGGGGAGAUUAUUAUUUAAAUAGUAAGACAAAAAGAAUUAUGAAAGGAGCCCAAGAGAAAGCAAAGAAACCUUUAUUUGUACAACUUAUUCUCGAUAACUUAUGGACUUUAUAUGAAACUAUAGUUGUAAGAAAAGACAAAGAUAAAAUACCCUCCAUUGCUGAGAAAUUAAAUAUUAAAUUAACGCCAAGAGACUUAAGGCAUACAGAUCCUAAAGCACAAUUACGUGCUGUGUAUUCUCAAUGGCUUCCUUUGGCUCGAGCAUGCAAUAAUAUGAUAUGCGAAAUAGUACCUGCACCGCAUAAUUUAUCUGAAGAGAAGAUUGAACGUUUGAUUAGUGGAAAUACUGAUUUUUCUACUUUACCUGUGGAAAUGCAACAACUUAAAGAAGCAUUUUUAGCUUGCAAUUCUUCAUCAGAAGCACCAGUAAUUGUAUUCAUCUCUAAAAUGUUUCCAGUAGACCGGGAAUCUUUGCCAGAAAAUAAAGUGAAACUCUUAACUUCUGAAGAGUUGGCGCAAAGAAAACAAGCUGCUAGGCAGAAACAUGCAGAGAUGAUGCUUCAAAAACAAUCAUCUGAGGAAAAAUCUAAUGGAGAGUGCAUAGAUAAUUCUGAGAUAAAAUUAGAUGAAGAACCUUUGACGGAUAAUGAUAACACCACUUCUUUAUUAGCUUUCGCAAGAAUAUAUUCAGGUACGCUUAAAGUAGGCAGCGAAGUCUAUGUUCUUGGACCAAAACACAAUCCUGUUAAAGCUUUAGAGUAUCAAAAAGCAGGAGAAAAUAUAGCUGUGGCUACGUUAAAAGAUUUGCAACCUGGAAGACAUAUUACUAAAGUAACUAUUGAAAAAUUGUUUCUGUUAAUGGGAAGAGAACUAGAAUCUAUUACCGAAAUUCCUGCUGGAAAUGUAUUUGGCAUAGGUGGAUUAGAAGAGCAUGUAUUAAAAACUGCAACUUUAUCCAAUACUAUAAUUUGCCCAUCAUUCUCUGAAUUAACAUCUCUCGCAGUUCCAAUUUUACGAGUAGCAUUAGAACCAAAACAUCCAAAUGAUUUACAAAAACUGAUGAAUGGUUUGAAGUUACUUAAUCAAGCAGACGCAUGUGCCAUCGUACAGAUUCAAGAAACAGGUGAAAUUAUUUUGAACACUGCUGGCGAAGUACAUCUGGAGAGAUGUUUAGAAGAUCUAACAUCACAAUACGCGAAGGUUGAAAUAAACGUUUCUGAACCCAUCGUUCCUUUCAGAGAAACAGUUGUACCACCUCCAAAAGUGGACAUGGUAAAUGAAGUUAUUGAAAAGAAGGCAGAAGAAAUUAAUUUAGAAACGUGGACAGUUAAUCGACAAUGCUGUUUCGAAAUUGAUGCUAAGCCACUUCCAGAAAAGGUAACUAAACUAUUAGAGAAACAUGCCGAUCUAAUAAAGUGGAUGGAUCAGCAUUUCAAUAAAUUCGCCAAAGAGAAAGAAUAUUCCUCGAAAGUUGAAAACUGUUCCGAUCUGAAUGGAUUAUCUACUUAUAAUUCAACCGCAUCGGAUAAGCAGCAGAAAGCAAUGGAAAGUUUUGAAAACGAUUUGAUGGCCGUCUUUAAGGAAGCUGGCUGGAACAUAAGUUUAGACCAGAUAUGGUCGUUUGGACCACGAAAAUGUGGACCUAACAUUUUAUUAAACGAGACGGAUUAUAAUCAUCGUAAUUUUUGGAAACGACAAACUAAAUCGACCGAUCCUCGAGUUUCAUAUGACAGUAGUAUGGUUAACGGCUUCCAGUUAGCUACGUUAGCUGGCCCAUUGUGCGAAGAACCAAUAAUGGGUGUUUGUUUUGUUUUAAAAAAGUGGCAGAUAUUUCAAGAUGCAAACAGUGAAAGUGGAAGUGGAAGUCAAAGUCAAGGUCAUCUUGGUGGUCACUUGAUGUCUGCGUGUAAAGAAGCUUGUAGGAAAGCAUUCAAUUUAAGACGUCCACGGUUGGUCACACCGAUGUACAGUUGCAAUGUCUUGGUCAAUUCAGAUGUCCUCGGCAAAUUGUACGCAGCAUUUGGAAAAAGACAAGGUCGUGUUAUAGCCGCUGAAAAUACUUUGGGUUUCGGUGGACAAUUUCGUGUUCUGGCAACGUUACCGGUUCCUGAAAGCUUUCAACUUGCGAGGGAACUAAGAACACAAACGUCCGGAUUGGCGAGUCCUCAGCUCGUUUUUAGCCAUUGGGAGGUAAUCGAACAAGAUCCAUAUUGGGUACCAUCCACGGAAGAAGAAUAUCUUCAUUAUGGCGAAAAAGCAGACAGUGAAAAUCGCGCGAAAAAAUACAUGGACGCAGUAAGACGUCGAAAAGGUCUUCCCGUUGAUUCACAAUUAGUUACUCAUGGAGAAAAACAACGUACUUUGUCUAAAAAGAAAUAAGAAGAAAAUUAAAUACAUUGAUCCUAUCCCUUCUUUAUGAAAUCGGACUCAUGAAUGGAGCCAAAUGUUGUUCCUGCCCCCACCCCCUUAAUACACUAUAAUUUUUUUAAAUAUUGUAAUUUGUAAAAAAGAAAAAAAAAAUCGGUCGCAUAUAAUACAUGAUCAUCGUUUUCUUCGAUCAUUAGUCGUAAUUCAUUAUUUUCUAAAUUUAUUUAAAUGAUAUCAUGAAAUUAAGGACAGUCUUAAGCGUAUCUUAGUUUAUUUACAUUUUAUUUUAUAUUUUCGACAUUUACAUAAACUUAAUUAUAGAAGUUUAAUCAAUUUUUUUUAUCUAGAUUUAAUUAGAAUUGAUUUGUUUAAUAAUAAGAAUGUAUCCCAUUGUGUAUAUAUAUAUGUAUAUAUAUGUACAUACAUGUUAUAAUAAAAGUUCAGUGUGAACUAUUCGACUAAUAGCAUUCAUUUGUAUUUAGUAUUACUAGUAACUGAAUAUAUUAGUUUAACCAAUACCAUAUUUUUUUUAAAUAUACAAAAAAUGAAAAACGUUUCAAGGAAUCCAUUUUUUUCUUCUUUCUUGAAAUAAAUAAUUAAUCAUGGAAUACAAUUAUGCGUACGAAAAUUGUUCUUAAGCGAAGAAAUAAAUGAUGUUGAACCGUCCUGGCGAACGUAAUCGCUUUCCGACGUAGAAAAUCACUGAUCAAAGCAGAGUAAGUGAUGAGCUUAUAAAAUUAUUCAUUUCCCGUCACGUCUAGUUGUCCUAUUUCCGUAAUCUUUUCAUUUGGUGUAAGUGAUAAUAUCAUAUAAGAGCAUUAUAUUCAUACAAAUUUCUCUUUUAAAUUUCUACUAAAAAGAAAUUUCUUUCUAUCAUAUAAGAAUAAGAAUAAUUUAUUUACAACGUCUGUUAAAAAAUAUCAAUUAUAAAUUAGAUAUAAAUUAUUCGUCAUCGAAAACAAUUUUUUUCCCUUGGAAACCUUGCUUUAGAAUUUCUUGUUGUUUUUUCUUAGCCGCCCAAGACGGAUGUAAAUUUUCAUUUUCAUUUGAAUUUGCAUUCAUGAUGACAUUCUUAUUAUGAUUUUUUGUAUCUCUGAACGAUGACCCAUUAUUGUACUUUUGCUUUUUAAAUAAACUUUUAUCCCUAUUAAAA